AUGGCCAAGAUCUCAAUGGCCAAAGUCCUGCCGCUAGGCAUUCCCAGACCACAACGCGAAGGAAAGAAGUUCAUCUUGACGGCGGCGAGGGCCAUGGCGGCCCACGACGAAAUGAUGUAUCCUCCGGGAACGGUCACUUUGAUUGAUUUCCAGGAGGCGACCGAAACCAAGAGAGUCGUGCUCUCCCCGCAGCCUUCCUCCGAUCCCAACGAACCUCUUAAUUGGCCGCUAUGGCGAAAGAAUCUCAAUAUGGCACUCAUCUUUGGCAUGACAAUCGCUGCAUUCGCUGUUUUGAUGAUCCAGACUGUGUUCUGGCAACAGAUGGUGGUAGACAUGCCCGUUACCAUCACUGAUCUGAGCAACGCGCAAUCAGCACAGUUAGCCGGCCUUGCGGUCGGCUGUCUGUUCUUCAUCCCACUUACCGUUAAAUACGGACGUCGACCUACCUAUAUCUUGUCGACAGCCGUCCUGGCGGCGACCGCGUGGUGGUCAGCUAAGAUGACCACCCUCUGGGAGCUGAUGGUGACUUCAGUUGUGAGCGGAUUGGCAGGCGCUAUUAACGAGACCGCCGUUCAAAUGACAAUAGCAGACCUGUUCUUCGUGCACCAGAGAGGGCGGGCUAACGGCGUAUAUUUCGUCGCCGUCAACUUUGGUAGUUUUCUAUGCCCGCUGGCUGCUGGUGCACAAGCGGCAACACAAGGGUGGCGUUUCUCCUACUAUGCGCUUUCUAUCUGCUUGACUAUUCUCUUCGUUGCUUUCUGUUUCUUGUACGAAGAAACCAAAUACGUCCCAGUCAAUAUUGGGAGCGUGCAAGUCGCCACACAGUCGAUCGAAGAUGAUCAAGAGGCGAAGACCGACGCCACCAGCCAGGACAAGCUAUCACCGCUGAAUAGAACAAGAUCUCAGUCUAUUUCGUCAACUCCCACAUACCAAACUCACACCUAUUCCCAACGAAUGCGGCUCUGGACCCCUACGGACGAAAGCCUGUGGAAAGUUUUCAUUCUUCCACUUCACGUCAUUACAUUGCCGCACGUCAUGUUUACGGCACUGCAGUUUGCAUCCGGAGUAGCCUGGUUGGUGCUGCUCAUGGCUAUGACCUCUGUCAUUUUCUCUGCGCCUCCAUACAACUUUGAUACCUCUGGUGUGGGCUAUAUGACACUUGGCCCGUUUGUUGGCAACGUACUGGGUAACAUUUAUGGUGGUCCUAUGUCUGAUUGGUUCGUUCUCCGAAUAGCGAAGCGUAACGGGAGGUUAUUCGAGCCGGAGAUGCGACUUCACCAACUUUGUGUAUCGGUGGUCUUUAUGGCAGGCGGGCUCAUCAUGUUCGGGGUGACAUCUGAUAAGGGAUUGCACUGGAUCUUGCCAAGCAUUGGUGGUGCAUUGUUUGCGUUUGGUCUUGGUUCAACCGGCGAAAUUGCCUUCACCAUGUUGAUUGACUCCUAUACCAAACUCACCGCCGAAGCGUUUGUUGGUGUCGCGUUCCUCAGAAACGCUGUUAGUAUCGGUAUCCCCUCUGCCAUGGUUCCAUGGUGGACUGCGAUGGGCCUUAGCAACAUGUACAUCGUUUGUGGUUUUGUUUCUCUUGCUAUUGGCUUGUUCCAAAAAGGGGCUCAGCUGAUCGAUUGGACUUGCACUCGUCAGAAGAAAGCCAUCAAGAUUUCCAUUCGCUUCAAGGACAUCUAUUCAGCACAUAGCUUCCAUAGCCACCUUGCCUGUCUCAACAUUACUCAGAACAUUUGCAAACAACGAUAUGCGGUUCAAGCUAAAGGUCACGUUCCAAAUACUCUAUCGCAAGGCAGCUUUAUCUCGUCUCGGAAAAUCUCUCAGCUCCCUGUGUCAUUUUGGGCUAUUUGUGUCGGACCUGCUAGGUGUGGCAAUCCCGAUGAGGUGGCCCCUGAGGUGGGUUUCAAGCUGUUCUUAGACUUCUGGGCGGGCGCUGGCGACAAAUUACUGCUCCGUUAUCCCGGAGUAGGAAGCUGA